CUUAAAUUGGCGUAACAACAAGUUGGCAGUUUCGUUGAUGCACCUGUAUUACUCGUACAUAUGCUUACGGUUAUCACGAGACGUUGUGGCACUAUUACCGGCUAUAUAACCGCGAUCUGGGGAGCAGGAAAGUUAGUUGCAUCUCAGUUAGUCGUUCGCCGUACACUAAUAGUCGCAAAAAUGUCCCAGCCGGAUUACGUCCAAGAGUUCAAUAAAAAUGGCUACGCGGUUAUCCCGAAUUUUCUCUCGCCGCAAGAGGUUGUCGCGUUGAAGAGCGCUAUGGCCCGCAUUAUCGACGAGAUGGAUCCCAAAGAUCACAGCCGGCAUAUCUUCCACCAUCCGGAUCAGGAGAGCACCCACAGCCAGACGAAGAGCGAUAGUUUCGACGAUUACUUCCUGAACAGCGGCGACAAGGUGCGCUUCUACUUCGAACCCAAAGCAGUCCGGGAGGACGGCAGCCUCACCGUGCCGAAAGAUCGCGCCAUCAGCCGAGCCGGAUACGCCAUAGGUUGGCUGGAACCAGCCUUCAAGAAAGUGACCUUCAGCGAGAAAAUCAAGGAUAUCUGUCGGAUGAUGGGCCUUGUCGAUCCUCGACUGGUGCAGAGCGUGUAUCUUUUUAAGAAUCCUCUACUGGGACAGAAAGUAACGACUCACCAGGAUUCCACGUUUCAAAACGUCGACCCGCCGGAGAAACUCCUAGGUUUCUGGAUUGCCUUGGACGACGCGGCAGUGGAAAAUGGAUGCCUGCAUUUCAUGCCGGGAACACAACAUGUGCCUCCAACUUGUCAUUUUAUCCGCAACCCCAACCCGACGCCGGGCAAACUGACCAUGAUGCGCGGAGCGGAACCAGACGAGAAAGAAUUUCCUCUGGAACGCUUCAAACCGGCACCGGUAUCCAAGGGUUCCUUGGUGCUAAUCCAUGGCAAUGUCAUCCAUAAAAGUGAAGAUAACACGUCGGAUAAACCGCGCAAUGCCUACACCUUCCAUGUGGUGGAUUUCAAUAAUGCUCGAUACAGCCCGGAAAACUGGCUGCAACCGACCGAAGCGAUGCCCUUCCCAAAGCUCUAUGAAGUCCAGGUCUGAGAUUUCCACUUGCCACCCGGGUGCUGUGUGCCGGUACGGUGAAAUUUCCACUACGACUGAGGCGUGCGUUGGAUUUUAUCGUUAUUCGUAAUAAUUCGCAACCAUUCAGCUGUGUUAACAAUUCAGCAUUCUAAUAUUGUUUUGUUGUCGAUGUAUGAAAUGCAUAUUAUUACUAAUAAAUAAUAUUACUCGUGAA